UCGCGAGAAGAGAAUAUGUGCGCGCCCGUUGGAGGAAAGUGCAGGGCACCAUGUGUACGACAGCAGAGGUUGCGUGGUAACGGCAGCAGGGAGGCGCCAGCUCUGCCUUCCUCGCUCCCCGGACGGCACCGAGAGCAAGGUCUUAUCUCAACUGUCAAAAUGGAGCUUGACAUCCAGUGUGAGGAGAUGAGCCCAUCCAGAUGGGCUGAACUUCUGACUACAAUGAAAUCCUGCAAAACCAUCAGGUUGGAUGACUGCAAUCUCUCCAGCAGUAACUGUGAGGAUCUCUCUUCCAUCAUCAAUACAAAUCCAUCCCUCACAGAGCUGAAGCUGAACAACAAUGAACUGGGAGAUGCAGGUGUUGAAUACCUGUGUAAAGGGUUGCUGAUGCCAAGCUGUAGCCUACAGAAGUUAUGGCUGCAAAACUGCAAUCUGACAAGUGCCAGCUGUGAGACCCUGCGGUCUGUCCUCAGUGCACAGCCAUCCCUGACAGAGCUGCACGUGGGUGACAACAGACUGGGAACUGCUGGAGUGAAGGUGCUGUGUCAAGGGAUGAUGAACCCCAGCUGUAAGCUGCAGAAGCUGCAGCUGGAAUAUUGUGAACUCACAGCUGAUAUUGUGGAAGCUCUCAAUGCCGCUCUGCAAAGCAAGCCCACCCUGAAGGAACUCAGCCUGAGCAACAACACUCUGGGAGAUACAGCUGUAAAGCAGCUGUGCCGGGGACUGGUGGAGGCAAGCUGCAACCUAGAGUUACUACACCUGGAGAACUGUGGCAUAACCAGCGACAGCUGUCGGGAUAUUAGCACUGUUCUCAGUAACAAGUCAUCACUGAUGGAUCUCUCUGUGGGGGAUAACAAGAUCGGGGACUCCGGGCUGGCUCUGCUUUGCCAAGGACUGAUGCAUCCUAACUGCAAAAUCCAGAAGCUGUGGUUAUGGGACUGUGAUCUCACAAGUGCUAGCUGUAAAGAUCUCUCCAGACUCAUCAGUACAAAAGAGACCCUCAAAGAGAUCAGUCUAAUAGACAAUAACCUGAGAGACUCAGGGAUGGAAAUGCUGUGUCAGGCGCUCAAGGAUCCCAAAUCUAAACUUCAGGAGCUAUGGGUUAGGGAGUGCGGGCUCACGACUGCUUGCUGCAAGGUUGUCAGCUCUGCUCUCAGCACCAACAAGCACUUGAAAGUACUGCACAUGGGUGAGAACAAGUUGGGAGAUGCAGGUGUUGAACUCCUCUGUGAAGGGCUGCUGCACCCCAACUGCAACAUCCAGUCCUUAUGGCUGGGUAACUGCGAUCUGACGGCAGCCUGCUGUGCCACCCUCGCCACCGUCAUGACCACCAAGCAGUGCCUUACCGAGCUGGACCUGAGCUACAACCCUCUGGAAGACGAAGGCAUCAGGAAGAUCUGUGAAGCCUUGAGGAAUCCCAGCUGCAACGUGCAGCAGUUAAUUUUGUAUGACAUUUUGUGGAGUGCUGAAGUGGAUGAUGAACUGAGAGCCUUGGAAGACUCCAAGCCUGAAGUGAAGAUCAUUUCAUGAGUGGUGACUGCCUGCAAAACAACGUCAAAGCAACAUCCUCUUCUUAAUCUGAACUUUCCAUACGUGAAGCUAAUUAACUUAAUAGAGAAUUUUCUUGUACCGAAACCAUUUUUGGAUUCCCUGAUUGGGUGUCUGGAGAGCUGAUUGAUCUCCUGUGCAUCUCUGGAUGUACUAACUCUGAGGCUCAUGAAAGCUGCAGCAUCACUAUCCUUGAAAUAAACAAUUACUGUCUUAUAGAAGUGGGUCUCUAGCCUUUAGGAGCUCUUUAAUCCUAUAAUCCCUUCUAAUGAAUUAGUUGGGCUUUAAAGAGAGCUCCUUUCCCAAGGCAAGAGAACUAUGCACUGUAUUGUUACUGCAUGUUGCUUUUGAUAGGUCUCUGGGGGAGGCUCUCAAAAAACCGAAAUGUUUUUUAAUCUAAAAUGGAGUUCUCCCCUGUCUUUCCCUGAAAGAGUUAUUUGAAAAGCAGUGGUGGCCAGGGCACUAGAGAAAAAAAAGAAAUGAGCAGCUAUUCAGCUGUGUAAUGUCAAAACUGGUGUCCUUUGAAAAGUGAUUUUCCUACAAAAGAUGCUGUGUGCAUUCCUGCUAGUAUGGGAAAUUAUUAAAUGAUUGAUGUGUUUGCUCUGGCAAAGAGUGGUUCUACAGGAACUUUAUACUUAAUUUUUCUACUUAUAAAAAUAAAAUAUAUCUGUAUAUUUCUCCUUUAA